AUGUGGCGGUCGAUUGCUUCAAUUUUAGAGACAAAAACCCACUUAUUAGAAGGAAAAUCAACAUUUAGAUUAUGCGGGGAAUGUCACAGACAUAUCAGCCAUCAGUUCCAUAAAUCACCGCGGUUUGGCUUCCUGUUUGAUAUAGAUGGCGUCAUUGUACGAGGAAAACGAAUCCUACCAACAGCACGCAGGGCAAUCUACAAACUCACUGACGGCAAAGAGAAUUUUCGGGUACCUACAGUUUUCGUCACAAAUGCAGGGAAUAAUCUUCGACAACAUAAAGCAAAACAGCUUUCCGAAUGGCUGGAUAUUCAUAUAUCCCCCGAACAAGUUGUGAUGUCACACAGCCCAUUAAGGAUGUUCAAGCAGUUCCAUGACAAGCGGGUUCUUGUCAGUGGCCAGGGGCCCGUUGAAGAAAUUGCUAAAAAUCUCGGUUUCAAGGAUAUUGUUACAAUGAAACAACUUCGUCACAUGAUGCCAAGUUUAGAUAUGGUGGAUCAUAAAAGACGAAAAACAGCACCAUGUGCAUUUGAAAAGUAUUUCCCAAGAAUCGAAGCUAUUGUGCUGUUUGGUGAACCAGUACGAUGGGAGACAAACUUACAGUUGAUCAUUGAUGUGUUGCUGACAAAUGGCUUGCCUGCUGGAGCGCCCUCUAUCAUUCCCUACCCCCAUAUCCCUAUCCUGGCUUGUAAUAUGGACCUUCUCUGGAUGGCAGAGGCUCAUAUGCCAAGGUUUGGGCAUGGUUGUUUUCUCCAAUGCCUUGAAGCAUUGUACAAGAAGAUCACAGCCCGCGACAUCCACUACACAGCUCUGAUAGGUAAACCUAGUGAGAUGACCUACCACCAUGCAACACAGCUUCUCAGUGAUCAGGCCAGGUCCAUGGGCCUCACCGCCCCAGUCAAGCAUAUAUAUUGCGUAGGAGACAAUCCAGAAACAGAUAUCUAUGGAGCAAAUCUUUACAACCGAUAUUUGAAGAACAAACGAGAGGCUCUGAAGACGAAGGUGAUGCUUAAACAGAACUUGAAGCAUGUAUCCAAGAGAGCUGUCCAAUCAUAUGAGAGUGAUGAAGAAAUAAUUGACGAGGAAAAAGAAAUUGCCGAGAAUGAAUAUGCCCUUGAGCAAAGUGCUGAAAGUUGCGAUUCGAUCCUCGUUUGUACUGGGGUUUAUAACAAAAACCAGGACUAUACUGAUGAAAAUAAUGACUAUGUGCUGAAUUAUAAUCAUAGAGACUUUGCAAUGGACUUUGAACUGAAAAAACCAACUCAUGUUGUGCACAAUGUUGCAGAAGCUGUUGAAAAGGCAUUUGAAGUAGAAGAGUACUUAUGACGACCGUAAGUCAUAGGAUCUGAAAUAGCCGUUUGUUAAUACUGUAUUUAUGAAUCCGAACCAGAUGACUGGUUUUCAAAAUGCUGACUGGCAUUGUUGUAUGCAAUGUUUGAAUCAUGUUUCUGUAUGAAAAUGCCUAUGCACUCGUUGGAUGGUAUUGGUGGUAUUUAUAAAAUCAUGGUAAUACACCAGUGCCCCCCCCCCCCUCCUAAAUAUGCUCUUGAGGAAAGGAGUAACACAGGGAAUUCAUGUAUUUCUUAGUCUUGCAUCAAGCCCUUGUAU